AUGGGUCAUCGACGAUAUCUUCCUCUUAAUCACAAAUGGAGAAAUGAUAACGAAUCUUUUGAUGGCACAAGGGAGCGAGGGUUACCACCCAAGCCACUUUCAGGAGAUGAUAUACUUGAUCAAGUGAAAAAUCUUGAAGGGGUCAUAUUAACUAAGGCUCCUCAUAUGAAGAAAGCAAUCUCACAUGAUGGUAGGGGGGACAAUUGGAAUAAAAAGAGUAUAUUCUUUGACCUUCUAUAUUGGAGGACCUUAUUGCUACGUCACAACUUAGAUGUCAUGCACAUUGAAAAGAAUAUAUGCGAUAAUAUACUAGGGACAAUCAUGAACAUAAAGGGAAAAACUAAAGAUGGCAUCAAAACUCGCCUUGACUUGCAAGCAUUAAAUAUAAGGCCAGAGUUACACCCAGUACAACAGGGGAAUAAAGUUGUGAUACCUCCAGCAUUGUACAGUUUAUCUACUACUGAAAAAUACAGGCUUUGCCAAUUCUUGAAGCAGUUAAAAGUUCCAGAUGGAUUUUCAUCCAAUAUUUCUCUUUGUGUAAACAUGAAAGAGAGUAAAAUCUCAGGAUUAAAGAGUCAUGAUUGUCACGUUCUUCUAUUACAUAUACUUCCUCUUGCAAUACGUGGUUUACUUCCUAAGGUAGUAUAUGAACCACUUGUUGAGCUGUCAUUGUUUUUCACUCAUUUAGGAGCAAAGUCAUUAAAGGUAGAUGUAUUGGAGCAAUUAGAAAAGCAAAUUCCUAUAACUCUUUGCAAGCUAGAAAGGAUCUUUCCACCUUCAUUUUUUGACAUUAUGGUGCAUUUGCCUAUGCAUUUGGCUAAUGAAGCUAAAAUUGGUGGACCAGUACAAUAUCGUUGGAUGUACCCAAUAGAACGAGCAUUAUAUUCAUUUAAGUCAUGUAUUCGUAAUAGAGCUUGCGUAGAAGGUUCAAUUGCAGAGGCAUACAUUGCAAAUGAGUGCAUGACUCUUUGCUCAAGGUACUUGCAUGGCAUUGAGACAAAGUUCAAUCGAAUGGAGCGCAACUAUGAUGGUGGCAGUAAUAAAAAUAAAGGAGGCUUAUCAAUUUUCUCCAAAGUAGGACGAGGAUUAGGUGCUAGUAAAACUCGUGAUCUUGAUACACAGGAGUGGGAGCAAGCUCAUAUUUAUGUAUUAAAGAAUUGUGAUGAAGUCCAGCCAUACAUCGAAGAGUAUUCACAAUUGCCAGCAACCAAUUUAGUCGGUAUGUCAGAAGGUCAAUGGAAUAAAAAUUUUGUUAGAUGGUUUAAGACGAAAGUUGCGUGGUUGCAUAAAAAUGACUCAAGUCCAAUGAUGGGAGCCCUACUCUCAUUAUCACGCGGUCCUGCUCGAUAUGUGACAUCUUUUUAUGGUUACAUUGUCAAUGGGUAUAGGUUUCAUACUAAAUAUCAUGACCAAGGUUUGAGGACACAAAAUAGUGGAGUUGUUGUAAUUGGAGAUAUUGGUGAUGAAGUUAACAACAUAGAUUACUACGGUGUCUUAACUGAGAUUAUUCAAUUGCAAUAUCUUGGAGGAAGACGUGUGGUGUUAUUUCGUUGUAAUUGGUGGGAUGUUUAUGAUCGAGUGAGGGGGGUUAAGAUUGAUGAAUAUGGGGGGGUUAGUGUUAACUGUAAACGAACUUUGAAAACAAAUGAACCUUUCAUUUUAGCUAACCAAGCAUCACAAGUCUUUUAUGUUCCAGACAAUAUUCACAAAGGCUGGCAUUGUGUGAUAAAGGCACAUCAUCGAGAUUCUUAUGACAUCCCAUUAGAAGAAGACAUUGACCCCGUUGAUUUGAAUCAAUUAGGUGAAGCAUAUCAAGCUGAUGAAUCACAAUCUUGA